GGACACGAGACGGGGAUUGAGGAGCUGCCGACGCUUCGAGCGCUCCACUCGGGCCCUGCUCAAAGGCAUCCGCCUUCCAUCGCUGCGACACUACGAACACAUUCUUACCAACCACAUCACCAACCGCGACUGAGUCUGCCACCUCCCGCGUGCCCCACCUCCCCCCGCCCAGCCUCCCACCGGCCGCGAGCAUGAGGUACACACCAGAUGAGCUAGAGGGGCUCAGGCAGUCGCCGCUAGUAAAGAAGCCCGACGGACUGCCGUCAAUCCUGCAAUGGAUGGACGUGCCCGCCGAACAGAACAAUAACAAUAACAACCACACCACCAACAAUGGCACCGCUCGCCGCACUCGUGGUCGGGACGGAGAAGCAGCAACCACCGAGCAUCGCACGGAUCGUCCUCUCAUCAACCCCAUGGGUCAGUUUGGGAGACGUCAGAGCAUGCAACCUGGCGAGGAAACGGUGCUCGGGCCACCGAAGCUGAACUUUACCUCCGCAGCUCGCGCAGCCAAGAACACAAGUGACAAGCAAGAACGCACUGGCAUCACCUCGGCCGACGGCGACCAGCUCGGCGACCGUUUCCCUCGCGACAAAAACGAACGAUGGUCUCGGGACGGCGACCGCGAUCGCAACCGCGAGAGGGGCAUUACGAAUGGCCGCCGUGGUGCGCGCGAGGACGGCGAGGGCUGGACAAGUGUCAAGGGUCGCAAGAGCUUGGGUCAGGAGGACUUUGAGCGCUUCAACCGUAACGGGGACCGCGCCGAACGUAGUGAGCGCAACCGCGAGAAGACCGAAGGCGCUUUGGAAGACGACGCUCCUCCACGACGAGGUCAGCGUGACCGCGCAGAUCGCGCAGAACGAUGGGGUCGACGAGAUGAUGCGAAGGAGGAGGCACCCAAGUUUGGCGUACAAGGGGGUUGGCGCGAACGUACCCAACAACCACAACGCGAACAGCGAGAACGCGGCGACCGCAACGAUCGCGACUGGGAACGAGGCGGCGGUGGAAACAGAGGAGAGGAAGACCCUGAAUGGAUGGAUGCGAAGGUUGAGAAGAAGAAGGAGCCUCAGAUGAAGACACAAGCCGACUUUGAGCGUUGGAAAGAGCAGAUGAAAGCCAAGGACACACCCGUUGAGGAGAGGGGUGCGCCCAAGGAGAGCCCUGCUACGCCUGCCACUGCAACCGGCAUUGCCGCCGGGCCGAUGUUUACGGCUCCAGUACAGACACCUACAACAGCCGAGUCCACCCAAGGAAUUCUCUUUGGAAACUGGGGCAACGUCAAGGGCGUCGAGCUGGGUCAAGACGAAUCGAUAAAGGCGAAGCCAAAGCCUGCAAAGGCAUCGAAAUUUAUGAGCAUGUUUGCCAAGCCUGAAGAGCCAGCCGCGCACAGCCCGAUACCUAUAUCGGCCCCUGCGCCCCCUGUACCGCAUGCCAACGAGGAUCAACAAGGCUUCCAGCGUAUUUUGCAGAUGCUUGGUCAGGUCAAUGUUGGCAGCCCUCAAGCAGCGCCGCCAAAUCAACCUUCACCGCCCAACGGCAUACGGGGACACGGAGGCGGUAUCUCGUUAGACUUCCAACAGUCGCCUCCACCAGACAUGCAAAACCACAGGCCCCCACCGCACCGCACGCUCGAGCAGCAGAGUAUCUUACAGAACAUUCUGGCUCCUCGCCCUACUGCGCCAGAGUCAAGGCCAUCGCAGCAAGCCCGAUUCAACGCCAUGUCUCCUGAGAACGCACUCCAGGAGCAGUUUGGACCUCCACGACCUGACUCUGGGCGUCAAGACGGGCAGUCACCCUUCCAAAACCCUCCUUCAAGAAACGCCAACCCACAGGACGCCAAUCUGGCUGCUAUCUUGAACAGUCGAGCACGGGAAGACUCCCAACGGGACCAAGGACAAAAGCAGCGCGAGCGGGAUUUCCUUCUUACGCUUAUGCAGCAACCACGAAACACUCCGCCGCAGAUGAUGAAUCAGAAUAUGCCGCGAGGCGGCCCCCCAAUGGCCAUGUUCGAGAACAUGCAGCACGAGCAGCGAGCUCCACCCCAGCCCAAAGCCCGCGGCGGACUGCCGCCUGGCUUCAUGGAUGAUCCUCGAAUGUUUGACAACGAGAUGAUGCGUCAAGAAGCUCAGCGUAGAGAACAGGAGCUUCGGCAGCUGAGUAUCCAGCAACAGCAGCAACAGCAACAGCAAGAUUUGCGUAACAAGAAUCCGCGUUUGCCAAUGGGCUUCCCAGGCCACGAAGACCCAACGCUGGGCCUCCAGCGCCGCAACACCGCCGGCGAGAUUCCUCGCCAAAUGACUAAUAUGGGCAUCCCCUCCCAGCAACACCCUGAUAUGCCUUUCAUGGGCGGUCGUGGACAACCAGGAAUGCCGCCGACGCCCCAGGAUCGGCCCAACAUCGCGCCUCCCCCAGGAUUUGGAGGCCCCAUGCGCCAGCCACCUGGUUUCGGUGGACCCAACCCGCAGCAACAAAUGGGUCCUGGAGGACCGAGCUUUUCAGCUGGCAACACACCGCUCGGAGCCCAUCCUCCUGGUCUGCCCCAGCUUGGCGGUGGCAGCAUGCGCGGUAUGCCACCAGGCUUUCCUGGAGGCCCAGGCGGCAAUGGCAUGCAGGGCCCGCCCCAGGGCUACUUUCCGCCACCCCCGGGAUAUGGACCGCCGCCACCUGGCAUGCGAGGCGAGGAUCCUAGGAUGAUGUUCGACGGUCAAUUUGGCGGCCCCCCGAGACAGCAGCAGGGUCGUCCAGGACCCCCAAACAUGUAUUAGGAGUUCCCAAGA